AUGGGGCAUGUUUCCCACCUGUACGAACACGUGAAGCUCCACAGUCCUGAGACACUGGCCCAGCUGCGAGCCGUUCUCUCGACGUUUCUGUUGGAACGAGACUCAAGACAGCAAUCUUCCCCACCUCGCGGGACAGAUGCCGUCCAGCCCAAUCUUCCGAGAGCAGCUGAACAAGACGAGACAGAUCUUGUCGCGUUCCUGGUCUCUUCCGCUCAAACUGUCGAACCCCUCCUCCGCCGUGUCUUCCUCCUCUCUUGCCUUCCACCGUGGCCGUUCCUUCCUGCAACUGCUCAGCCUUCCCCCCGUGAUUCGCCAACCGGAAACUCCGGGGGCAAAGAAAGUUUAGAUCCAUCGGUUUCCAAUCCAGAACGCGUAUCGCCCCUAUCUGCCUCGUGCCCAGAAACGACUUCUGCCCGUCAACCGUCGAGCCAGCAGGCAUGCAUUUGCUGGUACCACUUGCGAAAGUCGGGCCCCAUCAGUGCCGCGUUGAGACGCCUGGGGAAUACUUUCUUAGCUGCUGAAACACCUCGCCUCGCCAUUGCCGCCUACACUGCAUCCCUUCGUUUCCUUCCUCUGUCGAACAGCAACGCCACUCAACUGCAUGCGGAACAAGUCCAAACUCCUUGUCGCGACCUCGCCGUCAUUCUCUCAAACCGCAGCGCAGCGUAUCUACGGCUGGGCAAUGCACGCGCCGCGCUCCGAGAUGGGACAGCUGGAAUCCGACUCGACCCUUCGUACCCCAAAGCAUGGUUUAGACGCGCCUCUGCAUGCACGGCUCUGGCGAAAGCUUUGGAGUUCCACGUUUCUCAGCUUUCUGCGGUGCUUGACGCGUGCUGGAGACGGAGCGAAGCCAGCUGCCGCUCCCCAGAACACUCGCGAGCUGCGAAGAUCCAACGCCAAAGAGACUUGACACAAAAAGCUGUUGCGACGCUUCAGAAGGAAGCCGCAUAUGCGUCUUCGGUCUGUACUGCCCUUAGGAAACGCGAAGACACACUCAGCUGCAAGGGGAGUGUCGCUGAAACACGAGUCGCCACAAAGGGCGGAACGGAGGGAUCAGCUGACACAGGAGACGAACUGGACUUGUUGCUCUGCAGUUUGCGAGAGAACAGCGCCUGGGCCGACCUCAAAGAAGACGGUAAGCCCGCAUCUGGCGCUUGUCACUGCGUGCACGCUGCAAGGAUUGACGUUCCCGAGCAGUCCUGGCGCUGCGGAACCGGAGACCGGGAAGGACAACUCGGGGAGGCUCUUAUCACACAGCCAUCCAGACCCUCGAAGACGAGCUUUCCCGAGUGCUUUGCGAGCACACCGACUGGUCCGGCACCGCAAAACAGCCAAACGGUUGACGGAGGAGAAGUGGACCAGUUGGACCAACAUGUGGCGGAAAGCAACCCGUAUCUUGAAUAUAUCCACCCGCGGCUCAGGGUCCGUGAGGACGACACCACAGAAGGCCGUGGAGUCGUUUUGGCGCUGGCGAGUGCACGGAGUUCGAAACGCACUGCUGACGAGGUGUCCAGACAGAGCGGAAUAGCCAAGCUGCGUCUUCCCGCCUUCUCAACGGAUCCGCAGGUGGUCUUGCGUGAGUACCCUGUCGCGUCCUACUGUUUGCCGUCAGAGAACUCGCCUCUGCCUCGCCUUCCGCCUGGAGGGAGCAGGGAACUUCUCGGCCAAGUCUGGGAAGAAUGUAUCAGCGAGUCAAGGUCUUCCUGCGGUUCGAAAGCCGUCUGCACAGGUUGCUUCACUCCCGUCGAUACCUUUUGGGAGGCUGAGGACGCAGACUGGGGCGGCGAGUUCGAUGACGGUCUGAGGCGAAGUCGCCUCUGUUCCAUCACCCUGACCACUCCCUGUUUAUGGUGCACUUCAGCUCUCUUCUGCUGCGAGGAGUGUAGGGACGUUUCUCACCAUGUUGCGACCUGUCGCCACAGCUUCGGGGAAAGAGACGCCGCUACGAAAGAACAAACCCAGUGCGGUCGAAAGGCUCCAUCUGCCCACGGCGUGCCUAACACUCCGGAAUCGGUCUUGGCAGUGGAGGAUGCAUCGAAUGCCAUCCUGGACUGCAUCGAGCAGGCUGUGGUCUGUGUCAUCUCCGAGUCCGGCAGGUCACCUUCGGACAAGGAAGCACCGGGGCGAGAAGGCCUGGGAACCGAGGCUGCGACCGAGUCACAGUCGGCGACUCACCGCAGGGGUCUGGGCCAGGAGAAAGCGCCGGAAGGCUCGGCCGGGCCGCGCCCUGGACUCAAGUCUGUGAGGGAACGGUCGCAGAUGCUGAUCCAAGCAGCGGACGUCGAACGGGCGAGAGCCGUCGCCGCCAUCCUUCAGGCUGCGCCAAUCGAAGCUGACUCUCCCUUGUCGGAAGCAAAAGGUGACCAAGCAGAAGCGCGAGAAGUCCCCGUCCCGGCACCGGAACGGAGCCAUGCAGCCGCCCAAGAAUCAGAUACUUCCCUUGCGGCCGCUGCCGCCUGUGGCGCUGGCAACGCCAAAGCAGCAAACAGUGGAGGCAGGGUGUCUGCUCGCCGUCCUUCUCACGAUACUGCGACCUCUGAACCUCGGUCCAGAUCCAUGAAUUUGCCUGUGGCCCGAACCGCCGGAGGGUGCCUCGAAGACAGCACGCGUCAUGUGGCAAGACAGAUCAUGGAGGUUUAUGUCGCGUCGCUGUCUGUUAACGGCAGUGCGCUCCGUGGUGUGUUCGAGUCGCCCAGCGAUGAUGAACGCAACGAUAGUCGCGCUUCUCUAGCAGCCUCGGGAGACGAAACGGGCGUCGACUUUGUCCUCCCUGGUUCAUCUCUUCGCGUUUCGACUUCGUCCGAGGCAGCUGACGCCGCGAGGCCGUCGUGGACUGCUUCUCGCAUGCUCUCUCUCGCUUGGCAUUUACCCGACGAUGCGGAUGCUUUAUGCGAUUUCCUCGUCAAUGCCGUGUGGAUUGCUGGGGAGUAUUUCUUCGCGCGUUCUUCCUCGACCGUAGAAAGGCUGCGACGGCGAACGCAAAACCGAGAAGCUGGAGAGGCGCAAGACGGGUCAGCGCCGUCAGACGGAGUCGAGGGGAAAGACCUGUGGACACACUGGUUCACCGGAGUCACUGGGAGGCUUCUUCUUAGGGCAGCUCUCCGCUCUUACGGUGCUGUGUGGAGCAACUCCUUUGGGCUUUCUCUACUGCUCGACGAGAGCGACAGCGACUGGAACGUCGGACGCGGCCUGUAUCUCUAUGCCUCGCAGUUCAACCACUCUUGUCUUCCGAACGCUCUCGCUGUGUUUGGCAGUGGCGGAAGGCCGGCAGACAACGAGGCGCGUCGCGUGGACGGCGCCUCGCCUGGAACAGAAACGGCAACUUGCAGCAUCCCAUUCGCUACCGGCUGUCCGAUUGAAGUUCGUCUUUGUGAAGGAUCGCCGAGGGGCGAUUCGGGCAAGAAGUCGUCUGAAGUGGAAGUGACGCUGUCCUACGGGCCUGUUGCUGGAAGAGGCCGAAAGGGGUGGGUGGGGCGACAGGAGGUGCUCCGGAGCGAAGCGCUGUUUGAGUGUCGCUGCAAGGCAUGCACAACUUGGCCGCCCCUUGCGGAGUUUGGAGGCUCUGAGAACGCACUUGACCGUGGCACUGGGCCGCUGCCUCUCCAUCCCGACUUGCUAGGAGGCCUUCCCUGUCCACGAUGCUGCGGCGACCCGGCGCUGUGGCAGAAGGUUAGUGCGGCUGCAGUUCUUUCUAAUGACCGGGCUAUUGGUCUACCAAGGCCGCGCGGAAUAGCGGCUAGUGUGUCUGUAGCACAAGGUCGAUUGCUGCACAAUGACGCUCUGUUAGAUGCGGUUCGUGCGUUGAUGAUAGACAGAGAGUACGAGGGAAGGAAGGCAAACACGCGGGCUGGAAACGGCCCACCGCAGGGUCAGGUUGCUCAUCGACGGACGCCGUCGGAAGCGUUCUCAGGACGUUCCCACGGGGGAGUUGCAGCGUUGAGGGGAGGCGCUUUCUUCCUUCGGACGCUCGUCACGGACAUGAAAAGAGAGAAGGAGGCUGCGACAGGCAACGGUAGCAGGGAAGAGGUCGCGUCCGCGGUUUCAACGAACGGUAGCCGUCCACGUUGUCCUGACUCCCGCCAGCAUGCGGCAGCGGUCGACUGUUUCGCGCGCUGGACAGAUUCCGCCAUGUUGGCGGUUCUGGGUCACUCCUGCGUGGCCGUGCCGGCACGCGGGGGCCGGGACGGGGCGCCCGCGUGGAGGUGUCUUUGUUGCGGAACCGUGUGGACCAGCGAUGCGCAAGUUGCUCGGAGUUUCGAGGGCCCGCGGGCUGCUGCGCUGCGAGGCAUAGCUGCGGCACGCUCAGCCGUCCAGAAGGCGCUUCGGCUAGCGAGAGUUCCCCGAUUCCCUCCAGGGCGGAACGAGGAGGGCAAGACGGGCGAAGAGCGGGAGCAGACUGAAGAAUUGACAGUAGCCGGAGUGCGGAGCUUGCUUGAUGAGCUCUUGCACGAAGUGGCUCGGACAACUGGACACUUGUCUCAUGAAGUUUGUGAGGUUCUUGAUCUGCGUGCCAUGUUCGAGAGUACGUGUGCACACUCUCUGUUCGGUUGUGAGAGCGUCUGUGGGGAGGAUAACGGCCCGACAAAGGCAGCGUGUCCGGCAUCUGCCUCGGCCAAAGGGGGCGCGAAGCCAGUUUUGGCAACUGGGAAGGGGAAUCAUGACGCAGCCGCGUUCGAGGCUCUUCUCGGAGCCAUCUGGGUACUUUCCCUGCGGUAUGAAUCGGGAUGGAGACAACCUGAGCUGUGUGUGGAGCUGUACAAAUGCGCCUCAUUGGCAGGCAACGCGGGUGCGAUGGAAGAGGCCACGGUUCUCAGUUUGGCGGCUCAGAAGACUGCAAACAGAUGCUAUGGCGUGCACCAUCGAAUUUCGCAGCUGGUUCACAAUCUGAGGGAAGCCCUGCCUACUCGAGACAACGCUGAUCUGUUCUAA